CGAAGGUUAAGUUCUUCGUAUUUAAACUCAUAAGCCAGAAGGGUAAAGUCAGUUCAACUCAAACAGUUUUACAAUCCACAAAGGAACCAAAAUUGAGAAAAUGAAGUCUUUGAUUGUUCUUUUUGCUGUUGCUAUCUGCACAGUCAACAGUUUGCCAAGCCUAUCUUUGGGCGCAGCUUUAGUGGGUCCAGGUAAUCCAGGAGCGGUCCUUCAAGGGCCUGCUGCCAAAGGAACCGUAAUCGGUCCAGAUGGAAGCGUUGUUUCUGGAGGUGGACAAGCUGGAGCUUUAGCAGCAGCUCCAAUUCCCGGUGGAGUUGUUAAAGGAGUAGUUUCAUCCGGUAUCGUUGCAGCUCCAAUUGCCCCUGUUGUUGUCCCAGCCGCUGUACCAAUUGGUGUAGGUAAAAUUGGAGGUGGUGCUAUCUUAGCUGGACCAUCAGGAACUGUCAUUACUAAUGGAUUGGGUAAAUGGGGAGGAGCCGGUUGGGGUGGAGCAGGAUGGGGUGGUCCAGGAUGGGGUGGUGCAGGAUGGGGUGGUGCAGUUGUUGCUCCUGCUGUUAGCAGUCAAGUUGUUGUUUCUGGAGGAUGGAACGGUGGAAGUUGGGAUGAUGGCAGAUGGGAUGAUGGUAGAUGGGAUGAUGGUAGUUGGAACGGAAAAGGAGAUGAUGGAAGAUGGGAUGAGGGUAGAUGGGGUGGAAAAUGGUAAUGAUAAGAAGCAGGAAGAUGGUUUCUCUUGAAGGCUAUGAUUUUCUUAAACUUAUGUUGUACUUUGUACUUUUCCAAUGUAUCAUAUUGGUGUAUAUAAAUAAAACUUUGUUCGUAUGUUCAUAAAAAAC